ACAUGGUUACAUUUAGCCGACACAAACGUGGUUACGUUUAGCCAACACACACACACGUGGUUGGGUUUAGGAAAAAAGACCAGGGUUUGGCUUUACAGUCUUACAGGAAGUGACCACCGGCCUCCCAGCUGAAGGUUGGUGGUUGUUGGACCUAUCCACCACUCCUCUUGCCCACUCCAGUUGCUGCCUUAACUUUCAUCCCUGUCCUUUUGUGUUUCCCAUUAAACUAUAUCGGCAACUGGCCACAUAUCACGCUGACAUUAAAAGACAGCUUUUUUAAUUGGUUUCUGACGCUGUGAGCCACUGUCUGUGCGCCAGAUGUUGAUUGUGCCCUCUGGGUCGGGAGAGAGUUACUGCCUCCAGAGAAGGAGUUCCAGUAUCUUGGGGUCUUGUUUAUGAGUGAUGGUUAUGGUAAUAAUCAUGGCUUAUUAUUGGUAUUAUCUAUUUGUAUGAUUUUAUUUCAUUACAGCCCUCAACACAUCCUGAUAUCUAAUAAAGCUUCCUCAACAAGUUUUGGAGUGAUUCACACUUACAUCAUAUUUAGUUGAUUCCUUUCUGUCUGUCAGAGUCUCGUCUUUGACGCUCCUCUUAUAACCUCCCAAAAUCAGGCUCUGUGGCGCCACCUGUUGAGACUGCACAUGUUUUUCUUCUCUCUUUCUAACCGAGAGCAGCUCAGUCUCAGAGAAACAGCUACUUGAGUCUCAGUCUCAAGCUGCUGUUUCCUCAUCAGCAGAGAAACAUGACGUGGAGGAGGAAGAGGAAGAGGAGGUUCUGACUUGAAUCAUAUCUUAAAUUCAGUGUGAUGUUCAGUCAGUCAGAAGCAAGACAACAUGGAGGUCACAGCUCUCUGCGUCACACUGUUGAUGACGGUGUUGUUGCUGCUGGUCGCACACAUCGACCUCAGUGAUUCUCAACAUGAUGCUUUCCCUCAGGUUGAUCCAAACAGACAGCAGCACUUUGCAUACGACUCCUUCACAGUGAGCUGUGAGGGUCUGGAGGGACUGACUGGAUGGAGAGUGAUCAGGAAGACCAAAGGUGUCGUUAAUACGUGUUCUCCUUCCUGGUCGACAUCAAUGGGACCAUGUGUCAUCCGUAACGCCUAUCCAGCCCUUGACAGUGGAGAAUACUGGUGUGAAAUAGGAGGAGGGAAGAAAAGCAACUCUGUCAACAUCACUGUUGCUGCUGGCUCAGUGAUCCUGGACAGUCCUACCCGUCCCGUGAUGCUGGACGAUGCUGUGACUCUGCACUGCAGAGAGAAACAGACGUCCUCCAACCUCACUGCUGGUUUCUAUAAAGAUGGCCACUUCAUGGACAGCAGCUCUGCAGGAAACCUGACCAUCCAAGGUGUUUCUAAGUCUAAUGAAGGACUCUACAGGUGCAGCAUCCCUGGAGUCGGACAAUCACCUGAGAGCUGGCUGACUGUCAGAGAACACACCGUUAGCUCUCCAGCAGCUGAUGAAGAGCCUCAUCAUGGCCUUCAGCUCCCUCUGCUGCUCUGCAUUGGUGUCAGUGUUUUCUUGCUGGCUCUGCUGCUGUUGGUGGGAUUACUGCGAUGUAGGAAACGUCAGACAGUCACUGCAGACAUCACAAUCCCUCUGUCAUCCGUCCAGUACACCUCUUCUCCAAAAACAGACACCAGCUGCACUCAAAGUCCACCUCAACAUUCAGCCAGACCCGUGUGUGAAGAGGACGGUGAAGCUGUUUGGAAACAUGCAACAUAUGCUGCCGUCACAAAACCCAGGAGAGAGCAAGAUGUUGAGGAGCCCAUGUUUAUGCCUGUGUACCACACCCUAAGCCUGGGGACGGACUAGCAAACAGACCGCCAUGAAGAGGUGACUGAGAGCAGAGAGCCCUGACUGAAGGAGGGAGGAGAGUCUAUUUAAAGCUAUGUGAUGUGCACACAGCUGUUUCUGUAAUAUGCUUAUGAAAUACUUUGAUCUGUGACGAUCAUCAGCAGCGGGGGAGUAAAAGUUAACCGUACUCAGGCUAUGGACGUGCUGAUUCUUAAUUAAAGACACUGUGUGACUUGUUAUGAAGUGGAACCCACCUAAAAACGCAUCGUCUUCAUCAUCAUCAUCACCAUCAUCACCCUGUGAGAGCGAGAGCUUCAGCUGUCUAUUUUAGGAGCUGUCAGUCUGUAACAGUCAAACCACACCGUGCUCUCCGCUCUGUUCUCACACCUGCAGACGCUGUUUAAAAGACGAGAGCCGCUGCAGCUUUUUAACGCCCUCACUGUGACCUCUGUGGUCACACUGUGGGAACUAUUGUGAUGUACUACUGACCUGAAAGUUGGCUUGAACAUUACUGUUGUUGACCAUCAACAUGUUGUAAGAAUGGUACAGUACUGUCAACACAUGACCUGUCCUGAAUAAAGAGAUCGCCACCUGCUGGGUUUAA